AUGCAUUUCCUCACUUCCAUCACAACCCUCAGCGCUUUCGCUGCCGCUACACUUCCCAUCACUCUAGCCGCUCCUGCUUCAUCCUCUUUACAACCUCGUGCAGACCCCUUCGUCGGCUACCUCGUCUCCACGUUCUCAGAUGUCACACCAGCUGUUCAAUUCCACCUCUCCAAAGGCAAUGACGCCAGUAGCUUCUCCUUCUUGAACAAAGGGCAGCCAGUGUUGAAGUCAACUGUGGGCACAAAAGGUGUGAGAGAUGUCUUCUUGGCUCAUGAUAGCGCAAGGACGAAAUACUACAUGAUCGCUACUGAUCUUGAUAUCAAUGCUGCGGGCUUUAAUUGGGAUGCUGCGACAAGAACAGGAAGUCGUGGUAUUGUGGUUUGGAGUUCGAAAGAUUUGGUGAAUUGGUCUGCGGCCAGUCUUCGCACGGUCGAGAGUGCAAAUGCUGGAAUGACAUGGGCGCCCUCUGCCGUUUGGGACGACGCAACAUCUCAAUUCUACGUCUUCUGGUCUUCUCGCCUCUAUGCCGAUUCGGAUACCAAACAUACUGGCAGUGCAUCUCUUGACCGUAUUCGCUACACGACAACCAAAGAUUUUGUCACCUUUGCGCCGGCAAAAGAUUAUCUUGCCCUGUCGGAUACACCGCUCAUCGACCAAGAAUUCCAAUACCUCGGAAAAGCCAACAACUUCGCGCGCUUCCUAAAGAACGAGACUGUGAACCAAGUCUACGUGGAAACCACCACUGGUGGUCUUUUUGGACAGUGGAGCCGUACCCCAGGAUACGUGAGGCCAGAGAGUCCGAGAGAGGGUCCAGCUUCUUUUGCGGAUAACGUUACACCCGGACUGUAUCAUCUCCUCUUGGAUGAUUACACUCAGUAUGUUUCGUAUCAGUCUACUGAUCCUGCAAAGAGUGGUGCUUGGACGGCUUCAAACUAUCCCAACUUUCCCAAGGGAUUGAAACAUGGGUCUGUCACGCCCUUGACACAGAAGGAGUACAAUGCGGUCGCUGCCAAAUAUCCUGCAUGA